GGAGACAACAGAUAGAGUUCUCUCAAGUAACCACAUCAACUUCAACAAUGACAGCAGCUAAGUUUGCUCUGUAUGUGACGUGUCUUCUCAUGGGGAGGAUGGCAGAUGCGAUUACCCUGGAAUCGUCCUCGCAUUCACGUUUCCUGUCGGUCAGUGUUGGUGAAGACGUGACCUUGGAAUGCUUCCAUGAAGACAGCUUGGCGUUAAUGUUUUUCUGGUAUAAACAAAGUCUGGGUCAGAAACCAGAGCUGGUGUCUAAGUUCUAUAAGCAUGACAAAAGUGGCUCUCUGAUUGGUGAAUUUAAGAAUGAUCAACGCAUUGAACUGGAAACUAGCCCUGGGAAAUAUAAUGUGAGGAUCACAGAUGUGCAAAUCUCAGACUCGGCUACUUACCACUGCAUGAGUGGCUAUUCCUAUGUGUACGAAUUUAUGGAGGGCAUUAUUGUCCACGUCAAAACUUCAGAUUUGAACGUCCCAUUGUUCAUCCACCAGUCCGCAUCUGAGACCAUCCAGCCAGGAGACUCUUUGACUCUGACCUGUACAGUCCACCCUGGGACCUGUGAUGGAGAACACAGUGUUUACUGGUUCAAAAACUCAGAAAAAACAAAUCCAGGACUCAUUUUCACCCGUGGAGGCCAGAAUGAUCAGUGUGAGAGGAACCCCGACACAGAUACAAACACCUGCGUUUACAACUUGCCAAUGAAGAACCUGACCCGUUCUCUUGCUGGGACCUACUACUGCGCUGUUUCUUCAUGUGGACGCAUUCGGUUUGGAAACGGGACCACGGUGGACAUAGAAGAUGGUGUAGACAAUCUCGUCUUGGUGUAUAUAUUGAGUGCAGCUUUGGCUCUUACUACCAUCCUUGCUGUUUUGCUGGCUUACAAGGCAUUUACAACAUACAAGGCGACCAGCCACAAAUGCACAGGCCCUGAAGCAAGAACCUCAGCUGCAUUGGAUCCCAACGCAGAGGGUGACCAGGAUUCAGAGAACCUCCAUUAUGCUGCCUUAAGGAGGAACAAGGCCAACAGAUCAACAAGACAGAGGGACGACAGCUUGAGUGAAUGUGUUUAUUCUGGUGUCAGGCAGUAAAACCAUAGCAACCCCUCUCUCCUCGCGUUCACAUGAAGGAGUUAUCAAUUAGAAUGCACCAUAAUUAAACACCACUAAGCCCAAUCAGCGGACAUAAUUGUUCUUGGCUUAGCUGCAAUUGCCCGUGGCCUGCACUGUUGUGUUAGCAUGCUAAUGUUAGCAAGCUUUAGUUAGACUGUAGCUUCACAUUUCUUGCAAAUUGAGACAGAA